AUGGCAGAGAAGAACCAGAACCAAUACCACCCACCCGAAUCCAACGGCUAUCACCGGAACGAUCAAGAAUCGCUUCAUGCAAUAGAGGAUGAGGAGGCCAAGCGCAAGAAGAGGAUGAAGUGGACGAUCGGCAUCAUCGCCUUCGUCAUCUUUCAGGUAGUCCAAGCUCUCUUCUUCAUCCUGGUCAUCAUGAAGUUCAAGUCCCCCAAGUUCAGGGUCGGCGACUUUGCCGUCCAGACUCUGACCGUCGGGACUCAGGCAUCGCCUUCGUUCGACAUGAGCUUUGUUGCCCCGAUCCGAGUCAAGAACACCAACUGGGGUCCCUUCAAGUACGACGCCUCCACUGUUGACUUCACCUAUGGAGGUGUCCAGGUGGGACAAGCAAUCAUCCCCAAGAGCAAGGCCAAUUUCAAAUCCACCAAGAAGAUCGACGUGAGUGUGACUUUGAGCUCUGCCAAUUUGCCCAGCAAUAUCAAUUCGAAUCUCGGAAGCGAACUGAGCUCAGGGGUCAUAACAUUGACAAGUCAGGGCGAGCUCAAAGGGAAGGUGACAGUCAUGUUCAUGUUCAAGAAGAAGAAGACCUCGCAAAUGAAUUGCACCAUGGCGAUCGAUACCUCGACAAAGGCAGUCCAAUCCUUGUCGUGUAAAUGA